AUGGUCGAGCUCCGCGAAUCUUGCAUUCCUGUUCCUCCCAUUCCAGCCCGCAGCAUUGUCGCGCGCCGCGCCCAUCGCACCAUUCGCAUCGCUGCACCACGAAGCCAUGGUCCCGUGAUUUGUACCACUGACCCUCGCCCAGCUCUCAAAUCGCAACUUUGCCGAACCAAGGAGCUCUGGGAAGCUCAGCGCCUGAAACCCAUCAUGUCACAACCCUCCACCACGCCAGCGCCGCGCGCCGACGAGCCCGAUCCCAGAAACAGCCUCCGCCACGUCCUCGCCGCCGACUCUCCCAACCAAGACAUGCCCGACGCCCCGACGCCCGUCAAGACCGAAGCUGGCCAGCCGCCUGCCCAGGACGACCCCGACUCCACCGACGACCCCAAGUCGAAGCCCGCCGACGAGCAGCCCAUGUAUACUGCGACCACCACCACCACCCGCCGCAAUGCCAACGGCAGCGUGUCCUCUGUGUAUUCGGGCAACAAGAUCCGCCACCUGAAGAAGGAAGAUGGCGUGCCGCUGUGGCGCAAGGACAUCCAAUACGACUUCCUGCGCAACGUCUUCGAUGACCAGACUCGCGUCUUCCACAAGGUCUCCGACGGCACCGACGGCCACACCUUCGCCGACAUAUACCUCGAUGCCAUGGCCAAGAGCAGCAAAUGCAGCAAGAUUCUCAAGGACAAGCUGUUGACGGAGCGCGCUGCCGCUAUCAACAUGGCAAUGGUGUGCUUGUUGGUCAAUGUCGGCCGCAUGAACACCACACUGAACUUCUUCCCCGAGAUGCGCGCCCAGCUCCGAACCUAUCACUCGAUCCCCUCGCUCCAAGCUCAUCAAGACCCCAAUGCCUACAAGCAAUUGCAGGACGCCCCUCGUCUCAAGUCCAUCCUCAAGGGAGCGACCGAGGAUACACAGCAGCCCAGCACUAUCGAAGAGAUCAAGAACGCCUCUGUACCGCGCACGAACCCCGUCAACCUCAUCUUCGUCCUCGCACAAUACGCCCCCAAGAUAUCCGAGCUACACUUUUUUCCUCCUCGAGACUUUUUCGACCUGGUCAUGCGAAGCGCUUUGAGCUCCGAGAGUCGCGCAAAGGCCUUCCUGUGGCUGAUGUGGUGGUAUCUGGAAAGCGACUUUACCGAGCACGACGCGAUGCAUAAUCCAUUCGGCCAAGGCCAGCCAGGAACCUCUGGGGAUGCUACUGGUGGAAUGCCCAUCAAGACACCGCCCUUUAAGCAUCUUACAGAGGAGGAAGCGGCGCUGGAGAACGUGGAUACGGAGGAAGAGAAGGUGUUUGGGGAGGAAAAGCGGAAAGAGCGGAUAACCAUCCUGGCCACCGACAUGGCCCCUGUGGUGACCGGACCCAAGCGUGGAAUCAAAAAGGGAUUCACCAAUAAUCCGGUCUUUUCUGUCGCAUCUGAUGACGGGUCAAUGACGCCAGGCAGGGAUCAUCAAUCCCCCGGGCCUGCAUCGUUUCGAUCGAGUGGCCGUGCGAAGGCGCCCCUCAAGGCGCUGCAAGCCGACUACGGAUCUGACACUGAUCGUACUCGAUCAGCUAGCCCUCCCAGCGUUGCAGGAUAUCCACCAAGGAUUACUCCCAACAUGCGCAUCAACAACUUGCUGAACGACGAUGGACCAUCUACCCCACAACCUCCUCAAGGCAAAGGCCCUGGCCGGGGGAAUUGGGGACCACGCAGCAAAGGCACCCCCUCAAGUGUGGGCGGCAGUGCACGCCAUCCUUUCAAAGCACAUCUUGACACUGCCUCCCCUUCUGUGGCCCUGGGCGGUGCUGGGCCUCAUGGCUUUUACCUUCCCCUGAACGGUACGGAUCCCAGUGUCAACCGCAAGCGACCUCCCACAGCGCACCAGAUGGCAGUGGAGCAACACCGCAAGAAGCAAGUCGACUACAUCCUCGACCGCAAACUCCGCACCCAGCAUCGUGAAGCCGAGCGCCGACGCAAGCGCGAAGGCACCUUCUCACGAGCGUGGAAGCGGCUCAAGCUGAUGCCAGACGGCUACGACAGCGAGGAGGAAUUCUACGCGGCGGCAGCGCUGGCGGCGGAGAACGGCGUGCUCGAACACUCGCCGGUGCGCAGGCCGAUGCUCGAGGCGACGAGGCUCGCGGGGCUGACGCCCAUCGUCGGCCGGCUCGAGCUCGAUGACUGCGGCGAGGAGAUGACGCACUGGGCGCGCAUCUUCCGGCAGACGGGCCGCCGGCUCGACCGCUGGGACGGCAACCCGGACGCGGUGCCCGUCAAGAAGCGCAAAGACCGCGCCGAGCGCGACGACGAAGCCGCCGCCGCCGCCGCCGCAGCCGCAGCCUCCGCACCCACGCCCCAGCACGACCUCGUCUGGGUCGGCGAGGACGCCGCCGGCACCGCCACGCCCGGCACCGGCGCCGCCCUCGGCGGCGGCAGCAGAGCCGCGGGCAGACGGGGCGGAGGAGGAGGAGGCGCGUCCGGCAGGCGGAAGCGCGCGGGCGUGCCGUCGUCCGUCGCGGACUCGACGGUGGCAGACGCGUCCGAGCGCGGUGACGGCGACAGCGUCGCGGACCUCCCUCUGGGCGACGGCGGGGGCCGCGAGAGCAGCGCGGUGCCCACCAUGGAAGAAGAAGACAUGGAUGACGUCGACGACAGCAUCGUCGUCGGGGGCGUUCCGCCGCGGCCGGCUGCGGCGGCGGUGCUGGCGGACGAUGAGAUGGAGGUUGAGGAUGACGGGGACGCCGCCGAGGGAGAGGAGAGCGAGGAGGACGAGGAGAUGGGUGGGGCGUGA